AUGCUUUCCUUUUCAAUUAGACUGUUCAAUUCAGAAGGUCUUCAAACAUGUUACGUCCUUAAGGGACAAUCUUUCCAAUAUGCUUUCCAUUCUUGUGUGCGUUAUAUCAAGUUGAGAUAUGGUGCCAUUGACUACAAAUCUUUUGUCUCUGCUCGAUUUUCAUUGGAUGGAACGGUUUAUGAACAUUUUGCACUAGAUGACGAAGGCAGUUCUCCUUAUUUCAAAAUUACUAAAUUUGAAAAAAAAGAAACAUCAACACAAGAUGAGGUAACAGUCAACUGUUUGAAAUGUAGCAAUGGAAAAGCAAACAUUACCAAAUCUUUCGUAAAGGAAUUGGAAAUCUUGUUUACCAAUCGUGAUUUGCCUGAAUAUCUUUCCCACUUAUUCGACACGUGGAAAAAAGAACCAGCAGGCGAAAAGAGGAAUAAACUCGUUGAAGCUCUCAUUAGAUGCCUUCCAUGGGAUUCCAGUUGGAAUUGGGUGUUCUUUUCAGAUCAAGUCAAUGUAGUUGAUCGGAUCAAGUAUGCCUAG